AUGUUUGAUGGAUGUAAUAACCUUACGACAUCCAGUAGCAACCAAGUCACUGCGGGUCGCCACAUGUCUGUUGGGCGUCGGAUUGGAAGAACGGUAGACGCCGAGAGGUUGGCGAAGGUGUUGGAGACAGUCUCCUGCCCUAUUCAAUACCUCGUCACGGCAUGGGAGUGGAAAUCUGACAGGAGGUUGGGACUGAAUGCCAUCAUUAUAAAUGUGCUUUGUCGUAAUGGCAACGGCGAUUUUAGGAUGGCGACAGUUAAACUAUUUGCAGCAGGCUCCGACUCCAACGCCUCACAUCGUUGUUUCUCGUGUUUUCAUUAA